CGCCAGCAGCGGACAUGGCCCGGCUGCUGCCCCGGUCCCUCCUCGUCGCGCGCGGCCCGCCGCCGCCGCCGCCGCUGCUGCCGCUGCUGCCGCCGCUACUGCUGCUGCUGCCGCUGCUGCUGCUGCUACCCGAUCCGGCCGAGGCUGGCGAGUGGCGCGUCUUACGCUUGGCGGUGAACCCGGCGGACCUGCGGGCGCUCGAGGGCCAGGCGGCGAGGUUGCGCUGCGAGGCCGAGCCCGCCGACGGCGUCGACUACACCUGGACGCUGGACGGCCGGCCGCUGGCGCCUAGCCCGCGGAGGCGCGCGCCGGGCCCGGGCGGCGACCUGUUCAUCUCUCGGUUGGACCGGCUCCUCGACAGCGGCCAGUUCGCCUGCCGGGCCACGCACCUCGCCAGCGGCACGAGCGUCGACAGCUCGCCCGCCAAGAUCGACGUACAGUGGAUAAGCGAGUCGUCGGUGCACCUGCAGCAGCCAAAGCUAGCAGCUCGCAUUCGUCCAGGGAUGAAAAUCGAGCUGCGCUGCCAAGUCGACGGCUCGGGCGAGCUCAAGUACGAGUGGUUCAAGAAUACGAGGAGCAUCCAGCCGAGCGCGCGCCUGGAGACGAGGCGCAACCUGCUACUGAUUGGCGAGGCCAGGACCCAGGACAGCGGGGUGUACCGCUGCCUGGCGCGCAACGACGCCGGGACCUCCACGGUCGCGCGCAGCCUGGCGCUGGCGGUGGCCAGCGACGAGAGUGUCUCGAUCCGCGUGCCACCGCGGAAGGCCAUAGUCCGCCGCGGCGAGAGCGCCAGGUUUAGCUGCGCCUUCGACAACGCCGAGCAGGUGCAGUGGUACUUUGAGGAGGAGACCGAGCCGAUCGCGGCCGACGGCGAGCGCUACGUGAGCGAGGCCAACGAGCUGGUGAUCGUAAGCGCGCAGGACCGGCACGAGGGCUUCUACUCGUGCCACGGCCUCGGGCACCGCGGCGCCGCCGCGCAGGUCUACUCGGCCGAGCUGCAGAUAGCCUAUCUGGGGAGCCUCGGCGAGGACUCGCUGGAGCCGCGGCCGCGGCACGGCCUGGCGCUGGUGGGCGAGGGCCGCGAGCUGCAGGUGGCCUGCCUGGCGCCCGCCGGCCUGCCCAGGCCCAGGAUCUUCUGGCGCGACCCGCAGGGCCGCCUCGUCAGCGACGCCGGCCCGGUGCGCGUGCAGGACGACACGCUGGUGAUCGCCGAGGCACGGGCCGCGCGCGACCAGGGCAACUACAGCUGCGUCGCGGAGAACCUCGCCGGCUCGAGCGCCCUGGCGCUGCGGGUGGUGGUGACCCGGCCGCCCGAGCUGCUGGCGGCGCCGCCGCGCGCGCUCAGCCUCUGGGAGGGCGAGCCGGCCAGUCUGGGCUGCAGCUACCGGGCGAUGCGGGCACCGCUCUCGCGCGUCGGCUGGCUCAAGGACGGCGCGCCGCUGGCCGAGGCCGCCCAGCCGGCCGCGAGCUACCGGCUCGACGAGCGGCCCGGCGACGCCAGCCUGCUGCUGCGCGCCGCGCAGCUCGCGGACAGGGGCAGCUACGCCUGCGAGGUGGCGACCGAGGGCUUCCCGGCCGUGCGCUCGGCACCGACGCUGCUGGCGGUCAAGGAGAGGCUUAAGUUCUCCCCGCAGCCCGUGAGCCGGCGCCUCGAGCUCAACUCCACCGCGAAGGUCUCGUGCAGGGCGCAAGGCUCGACUGCGCCCUCGCUCAGGUGGUACAAGAGCGGCUCGCCGGCCAGGCUGCCCGCGCACGUGCACGAGUCCAACGGCACGCUGCUCUUCGACGGCGUCCUCGAGGAGGACGAGGGCAACUACACGUGCGUGGCGAGUAACAGUCAGGGCCAGAUCAACCAUACGAUCCGCAUCGACGUAGUCAUCGCCCCCAAGUUCAGCGUUAAGCCGGAAAACCUGACGGCGCUGGAAGGUGCUUCGGUAACGUUGCAUUGUUCGGCCGAGGGCGACCCCAAGCCGGCCAUUCACUGGGACAAGGACGCAACGCAGAUGAACGACCUGUACGGCGAGCGCAUCGCCAAGCUGCCCAAUGACAGCCUGCACAUCAGGGAGGUCUACCGCAGUGACGAGGGUAAAUACGGCUGCACCGCCGGCAACAGCGGCGGCCUCAAGCGCGAGGAGGCCUAUCUGAGCGUUCGCGCGGGCGACGCCGGUUACCGGGCGGACGCCGACGUGGACGCCGACGUGGACGCCGACGCGGGCGCCGACGCGAACGCCGACGCGGAUGCCGAGCGGGGGCCCGGCGACGGCUCCAUGAUGACCAAGACCGUGCUCGUCACCCUGGGCGCCGCCGCCGCCUACAUGCUGCUGGUCGUCGGCCUGAUGGCGUACUGCCGCUACCGCAGGCGGCGCAGGAAGCAGCGCCAGGCGCGCGGCGAGCAGGGCGAUGUGGCCGAUGCCGCCGACGCCGGUGCGCUGGAGCAGUGUGCGGAAUCUGGGCGGGCGCGCCGUCAACCGCAGCAGCGGCCGCGCAGCCCGCGCGAGUCGCACAGGAGUGACGGCGGCACUGACACGGCCCACAGUCAGAACAGUGCCCAGUCGAGGCGGUCGCGCUCGAGCUACGACAAGCUGGCCGUCAGCCGCUCGCAGCUGCGCGAGCCAAUGAAGCCGUUGGGCCGCGGCGAAUUCGGCGAGGUCUUCUCGGCCAGAUUCCGGCCCGGCGACGAGGGAGGGCAGCCUCAGCCCACCGGGGAUAGCCUCGUGAUGGUCAAGACGCUGAGCAACAGUCGGGACGAGAGCGUGCUGCAGGAGUUCAAGCGCCACCUGGACCUGCUGCGCAAGUUCGAGCACGAGAACGUGGCCAGGCUGAUCGGGCUCUGCCGGGACGAGGAGCCGGACUACAUGAUCGUCGAGUACACCGACUGGGGCGACCUCAAGCAGUUCCUGCUGGCCUCCAGGGCCGAGGAGCCGCGCGCCCCACGGCUCGGCGUGCCGCAGAUCCUCUCGCUGGCCGACCAGGCUGCCCAGGCGCUCAAGUACAUCGCGGAGCGGCGCCUCGUGCACAAGGACGUGGCCGCGCGCAACUGCCUGCUGUCCAGCAACCUCGGGCUCAAGCUCUCGCUGGCCUGCUUGAGCAAGGAGCCCCACCAGCAGGAGUACUGCCGCCACCGCAACCAGGUGAUCCCGCUGCGCUGGAUGCCGCGCGAGGCCGUCUUCGAGGACGAGUUCUCGACCAAGAGCGACGUGUACGCCUACGCCGCGCUCGUCUGGGAGAUGUUCCAGCAGGGCGAACUGCCCUUCCGCAAGCUCAGCGACGAGUCGGUGCUCGAACAGCUCAAGACGCGCAGCCUCGCUUGGAGCGCGCACGAGGCGGCGCCACCGGCCUUGCAGCAGCUGCAGGCCAGGUGCUGGUCCUACGAUCCGAGGGAGCGGCCGAGCUUCGAUCAGGUGGCCGAGGCAACGCGCGAGCUCGCCCGCGCCGCCCGCGCCGCCCACGCUGCCGACGCCCAGCCCGCCUAGCCCGAACCCGGUGCAAGCUAGCGUGCGUUACGUGCCAGUCUGCGUUGGCUCUUGUCUGCGUUCGCUCAUGCCCGAAACCUUUGUGCGCGCAUGCUUGCGCUCUCGGUGUUUGCCAGACCGAGCCGACUCGGGCUCUGUCCGUUAGCCGCUGUCCUGUGUGUCCAGCCGUCAGUAGUGGCGUUCGAUGAUACAACGACUUUUCUAUCCGCAGCACCGCGGCGACCGAGUGACCAAUCUACGCGCAUUCCCCGUUUUCCACGCCUACAUACAUUCACAUUUACAAAUGCUUAUUUUAUAGGCGAGGCUUAGACCGUAGGCCAAUGACCAACGUAUAUUUAGCGAGUCGAGUGAUAUUCAGUCAGUGACAAGGCGGUCGUCGACAGUCUUUUCUCUGGAGCUCCAAGACCAAUUCUGGCGCUGGACCUUUUGUCAGCUGCGUCUCCGAUAGCCAGCCAGCCAGCCAGCCAGCCAGCCAGCCAGCCAGCCAGCCAGCCAGCCAGCCAGCCAGCCAGCCAGCCAGCCAGCCAGCCAGCCAGCCAGCCAGCCAGCCAGCCAGCCAGCCAGCCAGCCAGCCAGCCAGCCAGCCAGCCAGCCAGCCAGCCAGCCAGCCAGCCAGCCAGCCAGCCAGCCAGCCAGCCAGCCAGCCAGCCAGCCAGCCAGCCAGCCAGCCAGCCAGCCAGCCAGCCAGCCAGCCAGCCAGCCAGCCAGCCAGCCAGCCUACCUGACGGACGGUAUCGAUACCACCUGAUUUCUUGACUUUGUUUCGUCGUUUCUCUAGUCAACCUGUAAAUCAGUGCCGACCUAAGCCAACGACGUCAGCCAUUUGUUUGGACAAUCCUUGUAAAUAACCGAUAUUGUACUGUACCAAGCGAAGUAGUGCGCGGCGCCAAAGCGCCGCAAUGUGUGACGGAUGCCCACUUGUUAGGGGAGCGAGAAUGAGCUAAAUAAAUGUAACGAAUGACCGA